AUGAAGGGUAUAAUACAAGAAGAAAUAAUAACUCAAAAAGCAAAAACAGUCAAGAAACUAUCUAAUAUGAAUAUUCAACCUGAAAUUCUGAUAAGCGCGGAUAAGAAAUGGAUAAAUGAUAAUUCCAUGGAUGUGUCAUCUGAAAAUGAGUCAGGAAACGUAAGAAGAAAUAUCAGCAAUGAUACAUUAUUUAAAAAGCAAGAUGAGAAAAUCGAAAGCUGUGCAUUGGAUAAGUCAUUAGGAGAAUUCGUUGAAGAUCCAUAUGAAUUUCAGGAAAGCGAUAGUGAAGUUGGUACAACUCAGAACAUAAGUAUUGGCGAGUUAAUAAAAAAAUAUGAUGUAGUAAAGGGUGCUUGUAUUCUGGACAUCACAGUGGAAGAAAAAAUGUCUGUUAAUUCGUUUGUGAUUCUACAACAGAAUAAUAUAUCUUUGACAGAGGAAAAUAAAGAGAAACAUCUAAAAAAUAUGCCAAUAACACCCGACGAGAGAACUACACCUAAUGAAAAUAAGUCAAUAACACCAGACAUUGACAGUAACAAUAACGACUUUAGUUCAAUGAGUUUUGAAACAAUUGAUGAUGAUCGGGAUAAGGAUUUUAUUUUAGACAAUUAUUUAGAAACAAGUUCUUCAUCAGGUUCGUUUAUUGAUGAUGGUGCUGUCAAUAUUUGUCAUGGUAAAAACGUUGAUAAUAAGAUUGAUAACACUGAAAAUCUUACUGUAAGUAAUAUAAAAGAACAAAUUCUGUCACGUGAGAAUGAUCCUGAAGUUAUGGAGGUAAAAAGAGAAAAUAAGUUAUCAUGGUGUCCAUUUUGUUCCGAGGAUGUUUUAUCAAAAAACUAUGUAAGGCAUAUGAAAAGGAUGCAUAAAGAAGAAAAGGAAAUCAAAAGCUUGCUUAGUUUACCAAAAAAAACUAAAGAAAGAAGGAUGGCUUUUGACUCAUUCAGAAAACAAACAAACUUUGAUUUAUAUAUAAAUGGUACGGUUAGACCACAGAGACAAACAACAGAUUUCAAAUUAUCAGCCUUUUAUCCCUGCAUUUACUGUAAAGCGUUAAUAAAGAAAAGUUAUUUGACACGUCACUCCCUAGUUUGCAGUAAAAAAGGGCUUAAAACAAAUGCAUUUAAUCAGGAGAAUCACCGCAAUUAUUUAACGGAUUCACAAACUUUGACAGCUUGCUCUAUAGAUCCAACAAAUGUCAUAUCUAGAUUAGCUGUGAAAGAACAGGUUUUUAAUAUAAUGAAAGCAGAUAAAAUAGCAUUUGAAGCUAAAAAAGAUCUGCUAAUUGUUCAGUUUGGAGAUAAUUACUUGAAAAAGCACAAAAGGGAACGAAAGGAAUAUGCGUGUAGCAAUAGAAUGCGCGAACUUUCGCGACUUUUAAUUGCCUUCAGAGAAACAGUAAAUGACAAUUCUGUUUUCUUUAAAGAUUUAAUCAAACCACAAAAUGUGGACCAAAUUCUCACAGCCGCACGAAAAAUUUCAGGCUACGAUCCAGUAGAAAGAACAUUUAAUGCACCUAGUCUGGCAACACAUAUGGGCACAUAUUUAAAAGAUAUGUGCUGUUUGCUAAAGGCAUUAAUCUUAAAAGGUAGUUCAGGAUUCUGCAUUUCAAAUGAAGAAGAACGUGAGAAAAGGUUAAGAGAGUUAAAUCAUUUCAAUGAUGUCAUUACUUCUAGUUGGAACAACGAAAUAUCUUCUCUUGCAAACAAAGAUUUGCAAGAAAAACGUUGGAAUAAGCCGUUGCUGGUACCAUUAGUAAGUGACAUAAAAAAAUUCAGGGACGAAACUCUGAAUCUUGCUAAAGAAUGUGAAGAAAAAUUUAAAAAUUGCGUGGACGAUGUUGUAACUUACAAAACAUUCGUCCAUUGCGUAUUAGGUUUAGUUAUUCUUUUCAAUAGAAGACGAAUUGGGGACGUUCAAUAUUUAAAAGUACAAAAUUAUGAAAGGGAAUCAAGAUCGAAUUUCACAGAUUUUAAAAAAGCGUUAACUGACUCUGAAAAUGCCUUAACUACAAAAUACAAGCGAGUCGUGAAUAGUGGAAAGGGAUCAAGAGCUGUAGUUAUUCUAGUGCCGGAAUUGCUACAAAAAUUAAUCAAAAUUCUAUUAGAAGAAAGAAAAAAAUAUAUUUCUCUUGAAAACAAUUACGUAUUUGCUAUUCCUGACAGUAAAAUUAAAUGGGGUCAAGGUGAUGUGGCAAUUCGAUUCUUAACUAAAAGAAUUGAUUUACAAUAUCCAGAGGCAAUGUCGAGCAAUAAGUUAAGAAAACAGAUCGCAACUGUUGCUCAAAUAUUAAACAUGUCCAAAGAAGAAUCGCGCCAAUUUUCCAAGUUCAUGGGUCAUACUGAGAAAACUCACGCUGAAUUUUAUGAAUUGCCAGUUGACUUAUAUCAGACAGCCAAAGUUUCCAAAUUAUUAAUGUUAAUGGAGAGAGGAUCAUUGCCAGUGGAGUACCAAGGAAAGUCUUUAGCAGAAAUUGAUUUCAAUGCAAAUUUGGAAUACGCUGAAGAAUGCGCCGAAGGUGAGAAACACAUCUUAUUGUAUUGAUUUGCAAUGGCUCAUUUUGUCAAAUUGGUUACAGAUCAUGCAGGUGAAAUCUCAGAACCAAUCGAUACUGAAACAAUUGUCAACAAUGAUGCAUCUUCCAGUACUGCUCAAGAUUAUGAAAAAGGUAAAAUUAUAAACAAA